GCAGAAAAGUGACGUAGCUGUGUACCUCCCAGUUGUGCAGCUUGUUAUGGCGGCGCUUCUGAGAGGACUGCGGGCUGGAAGGCUCCUCCGUGGGCUGCCCAGCGUGGUCGCUGCACCAGCAUCAACAAACCAGCAGUGCAGCAGCCUGAGAAGAAGCUUCCACUGUGCUGCACUGAGGCUGCAGGACGAGUCCAAAUCUGACAAAUCCUCUGCAUCUUCUUCCUCUUCAUCAUCCUCAUCCACAACCCACCAUGAGCACUACCAGGCUCACUCAUCUCACCAGGACACAGAGGCAGCUUCCCAGCAGGAUCCUGACCCAAACAGCAGUGACCGGGAGCAGGAUGAGGAGUAUGAAACGGAAGAGCAGCUGCAGGCUCAAAUUCUGGCGGCAGCUCUGGAGUUUGUCCCGCUGCACGGCUGGUCCAUGGAAGCCAUCGCUGCUGGCGCUGAAUCUCUGGGUUUGUCCUCUGCUUCUACUGGGAUGUUCCCCAACGGGUCCGGAGACUUGGUCCUGCAUUUCAUCUCCCAGUGCAACUCCAAGCUGACGGAGAUCCUGGCUGAACAGCACAAUCAGGUCCAGCUGGGCCAGGCAGAACGAAAGAAGACUGCCGACUUCCUAAGAGAUGCGGUAGAGACCAGGCUUAGGAUGUGCAUCCCCUACAUCGAAACCUGGCCACAGGCGUUGAGCAUCCUGCUCCUCCCUCACAACAUCCCCGACAGCCUGAAGCAUCUGUCCACCAUGGUGGACGACAUCUGGUACUAUGCCGGGGACCGGUCCACAGACGUGAGUGGAUCUUCUCACCCUCGAUCCCCCUUUUCUUCUGCUCAUACCUUUCUGUCCCCCUUUCAUCAUCACCCCCACAAUAUCCGGCCUGCUACCUCUCAGAUGAACUGGUACACAAAGCGGGCGGUGCUGACCGGUCUCUACAACACUACAGAGCUGGUGAUGCUUCAGGAUUCCUCGCCGGACUUCAAGGACACCUGGGCCUUCCUUGACAACCGCAUUCAGGAUGUAGUCAACAUGGCCACCACAGCGAAGCAGAUGCAGUCAACCGGUGAAGCUGUAGCACAGGGCCUCAUGGGAGCCGCCGUUACGCUGAAGAACCUCACAGGACUGAACCAGAAGCGAUGAUGUGCAAAGUCUCAUAGACACAUUUAGCCCAACCAUCCAGAUGAUGUCAUCAGCUGAAGAUGAUGUGGUUAUGGGGAGAUUUUUGCUCUUAUUUUUUUUUUUUUUUUCAGUUGUAUGCUAUGACUGAAGGAAUUGAAUUAUGGGUUUAACAACACAAAAACACCUUAUUUGUCGAAGACCCUCUGUCUUUCUGUUCAUCUGUAGAAUAAAGGGUUUUCUAUUGUUUUACUCUGAUAUUUUUUCUGUUGUAUUAAAAUACAAGAACAGAUUCAAUUUGAUUGUGAAGCCAUGAGCCAAAUAAAGUAGUGUAUAUUUAACUU